AUGGUCAACAUGACAUGCCCCACGAUCCCGGACAAGCCUGCCGAUCCCAAGCCUUUCUUCGAGAAUGGACAGAUCGACUUCAAGGCGCACGACGUCGGUUGGCUCGUGUGCGGCAUCAUGGCGCUCGUCGCCACCAUCUCAUCCGCCUGGCUCAUCUGGAAGCACCUCACCUACUACACCUGUCCGCAGCAGCAGCGCCACAUCGUGCGCCUCCUCAUCAUGGUGCCCAUCUACGCCAUCGUCUCCUUCAUGUCCUACCUCUUCUAUCACGAGGCGCUCUACUACCAGACCAUCCGCGACUGCUACGAGGCCGUGCUCGUCACCUCCUUCUUCUACCUCAUCCUCGCCUACACCGGCGACACGCGCGCAGAACAGCACGCCGUAUUCCGCAACAUCGAUCUCGGCGACCGCUUCUGGGUCUGGCCGUUUGGCUCGUGGAAGUACCGCCCGGACGGCCUCCACUUCCUCUGGCUCAUGAAGAUCUGGGUGCUUCAGUACGCCAUCAUCCGGCCCCUCUGCACCUUUAUCGCCGUCGGCACAGAGUACUUUGGCUACUAUUGCCUCCACAGCUGGAUGCCGUGGUUCACUCAUGUUUGGUGCGCCCUCUUUAUCAGCAUCUCGGUCAGUGUGGCCAUGUAUUGCCUCAUCCAGCUCUACAUGCCCGUCCGCAAGCUCGUCGACCCCUACAAACCAAUCCUCAAGUUCCUCUCGAUCAAGACCAUCGUCUUCCUCACCUUCUGGCAGGACACGCUGCUCUCGUUCCUCGUCAGCUUUGGUGCCAUCAAGGAGACCGAGUACUUCACCGCCGAGCAGAUCCAGGCGGGCAUCAAUGCGCUCCUCCAGUGCUUUUGGAUGCUCCUCUUUGGCUUUAUCCACAUCAAGGCGUUCAGCUACCUGCCGUAUCGCCCCGAGGACCGCUCGCGCACCACGCUGCGCGGCAAAGCGCUGCUCGACUCGCUCGACUUCCGCGACUGGUUCUGGGAGAUGAAAGAGAGCACGCGCUACAUCGCCGCACGCUCCAAGGGCAAGAACUACACGCUCGCGGAAGACUUGCGUGCCAAGCGCCACGAGCAUCUGCUCAACGCGCUCGGCAAACAGCGCACCGCCAACCUCGAGGCGGAGAUCGACGUCGAAAAGGCCAACAUGCCCACCUUCUGGAAGAACCCCGAAGACGCACAGUUCUGGUCGCCACACUCGGAAGAGACCCAGUCGGCCUUCGACUCAAACCAUCGCUCCUCCAAGACUUCCUCUCGUCCUACUAGCGGCUCGACCGAUGCCUAUUCGGCGCUGCCCAAUCCAGUCGCAAGGCAUUCUCGCACCAGCAGCAAGCUCGCUCCCUCGCACGGCCAACGACCGACGGCGGCCGACUCGCACACGAUGAGGGCGGCAGAGCUGCAGAGACUCGUGGCCGAGCUCGAUCUGCAGCAAGUCGAUGCGUCGACGGUCCUUGCUGGCGGACGGCGUGACAAUGAUCUCGAGGAUGGAAAUCACGAACGCACUGCACUGAUGCACGAUGGGGCGGGCAGUAGGGAGAAGGCGCAUUCCAACGAGGCAGACCCGUAUCCGGAGCUGACGCAGUACCAUGCGCCGACCAUUCAGCUGGCCAAUGUGCCUUCAUUGAGUUACGACGCCGACACGCAGUCGAGCGGCGCGCGCAGGACGCUCGACCUGAGCGCUGUCGCCGAGGAGGACGAAGACGAGUCGCAUACGCGGCAGCCAUCCCGCAUCGCGCCCGGCGUUGGUGCGUUUGGCAUUGCAGCAUGGCUCGGCUGGAACGGCAAUCCCGCGCCGCAGCAACAACAGAAUGCGUUCUUGCAUCCUGGAACCGCAGAGCAGCAGCACGGCAUGCCGUCGCCCGAGGCAGAUGGAAAGGGCUGGUGGCGCAACUACUGGGAGCGCGUCUCGAACCCGGGCAGCCGCGAGCCAUCCAUCGCAGGUAUCGACGACGAAGAAAAGGAGCCGCUCACCGCUGCGAAUCGGCCAGCAGUCAUGCGUCAGGUUACAGCCGGAUCUUGGGGAACCGACAACGUCCUCAGCGAUACCCAUCCGCCUCAGGGUGAGCAGCAAGACGGAGUGAAUCAUCGAAGUUUGCCUCCGCUGCCGCCUCUGCAGAUCGACACUGCCGGGCAGAGCCGUGAUGCGCGCCGGGCCGGGAGCUCCGACAGUGCGACGUCGCCAUCGUCGCGCAUCAGUCCGCAUGCCGAUUCUCCGCUGUCUCGCCUGAUCCAAACGUCGCGCGACUCGUUCAGCUCGCUCAACCGCGACGAGAUCCGCGCGCAGCUCGACGCUCCACCAUCGCGGCCACGGCUCGCUGAGCCCAUCGCCAGCAGGCCCGGUGAAAGACGCGAGGUUGGACCUGCACCGGCAACUGUGCAGAAUGUGGCACCGGCACGACCGGCGCCUGCACCUCGACAGAUGUCAUUUGCACCAUCGUCCAAGCAGGCGAGUGUGAGUCGGGUCACGUCGACGACGCGAUCGGGCGCAAACAGCAGCAGCAAGCACGCAACGUCGGUGUACGAGUCGGCCGCAUCGACGGCUGCGCGCCAGAUGGCCGAGGAGAUGACGACGUCUGCCGACUCCAAGCACCGCAUCGUGUUUGCCGAUGCGCUGGUGCCCGACGAGCAGCCAGCGGAAGAAGCGGCGGUGGUACCGGCGAAGAAGACGCUGCCUCCGGCAGUGGGGCCCAAGGGAAAGCUGUUCAGCCUCGUGCUGCCUUCGCCGCUAUCGCCUGCGCGCUAUCCGUACGGCACAGAGGGCCCAGCACAGCCAGUGCUAGCAUCAGCACCAACGGCGGUAGAGCCUUCAGCCGUGCGUCAGCCAUCUGCUGCAGCGAGUGCGUCGGUGACACAGGCGGGGGCGGGGGGAUCGUUGAGGUGGGCAACACAGCCUGCUAAGCCGCUCAAGCCUAGCGAGGAGCGUGCGCCUGAGCCUGCGCCCAAACUCCCCACCAAGGGUGUCAUCACCGUCGGUGGAAUGAGUCUCGCCCAGGCCAAGGCACAAGCUCAAGCAGAAGCGCAAGCUCAGUCUCAAGCCCAGGCGCAGGUGCAGGUGCAGCGUUCCGAGCGGGGUGCUGAGCCUAGCAAGCGCACCGAGGGAAAGUUGGUUCUGCCAGCUCCAUCGACCAUGGCGAGAGGUGAGGCUGAAGAUCCCUAUCGCGCUGGUGCACUCGCACAUACGCCACAGCGCGAACCUCAACGCGAGCCACGACGUGCGGUUGCAGAUGGACGCAGCACCACCACUGCCGCCACUCGCACAUCCAUGAGCACAGCCUUCGAAGUCGGAUCCAUCGUCCCCCGCCAUACCACACACCAACAACAUCCCCCGCUCAGCGGAUACUACUCGUCAGUAAGACAGAAUUUGCAACCUGUGCAACGAUACCCGCACCAAUAUCCCCAGCCCCAACAUCAACACCAACCUCAUCCUCAACCCCAACGACAACCCCACUUUCGGCCUCAGCCUCUGCAGCAAACCCAACACCAGCAAAGAGGCAACGCUGCAACCCAGUUCCACUUUGAAUACUACCGCGACUAG